AUGCCCCAAAUAACAAACCUUCGCCUCCUUUUCUCCUCCGCUGCAAACCACCCUAAUCCCUCUUCUUUUCUCUCUUCUUUCAAACCCAAUUCUUUCUUUAAAUUCAACACCAAAAUACCCACUAAACUUAAUAAGUCCAUCUCUUUUUCUUACCCUUUCUUCACUUGUCUUUCAUCUUCGUCAUCAUCAUCAUCAUCAUCAUCAAGGAAAUCACACAGAUACAAUUCGAAGUCUUUUAAUUCGAAUCGAAGAAUCAGUAGCAGUAACAGCAAGCAGAGUGAUAUGAGGGAGAAAAGAGGGUUAUCAUCGAUGAAGAUGGGAGAUGAAGUGGAAGAAACCAAGAAGAUGGAUAUGGCUGCUGGGUUUAACAAGAAAAGGGCAGAGGGUAGAGAUAAGAGUAGCAGGCCUAAAGAUCUUAAGUUAAAAGUCAGAAGGCUUAAUCCUGUUAAUACAAUUUCUUAUGUUCAGGUUUUAGGAACCGGUAUGGAUACUCAAGACACAUCGCCGUCAGUCUUGCUCUUCUUUGACAAACAGCGAUUUAUAUUUAAUGCUGGAGAAGGGCUGCAACGAUUUUGUACAGAACAUAAGAUUAAGUUGUCAAAGAUUGAUCACAUAUUUCUUUCACGUGUCUGCUCAGAAACAGCUGGUGGACUACCAGGUCUUCUAUUGACGUUGGCUGGCACUGGUGAAGAAGGAAUAUCGGUAAAUGUAUGGGGGCCCUCAGAUUUUAAGUAUUUAGUCGAUGCAAUGAAAUCUUUCAUUCCAAAUGCAGCCAUGGUUCAUACACGAUGUUUUGGUCCAUCGCCCAAAUCUGAUAAGAUUCCGUUGGACAAUCUUGAAAAGCUUAAUGACCAACUCAAACUUAUUGAUGAUGAAGUUGUCAAAAUAUCUGCUAUUUUGUUGCGGCCAAGCAGUUCUGAAACUAAUGGUCUCAAGAAAGACGAGUUUGCAUUAAAGUCUAGCGAUAUUUCCGUUUUAUAUAUUUGUGAGUUGCCCGAGAUUAGGGGUAAAUUUGACCCUGAAAAGGCCAGAGCACUUGGAUUGAGACCUGGGCCAAAAUAUCGAGAAUUACAAGAGGGAGUUUCUGUGAAAUCAGAUACGAAGAAUAUCAUGGUUCAUCCAGAUGACGUCCUUGGACCAUCGGUUCCCGGGCCUAUUGUUCUCCUUGUAGAUUGCCCUACUUUAUCUCAUUUUCAAGAAUUGUUAUCUUCAUCGUCUCUCGAGACUUACUAUGCUGACGUGGCUAGUAUGCCAGACGAGAAUCACAAAACCGUCAAUUGUGUAAUUCACUUAAGUCCGGCAUUAGUUGUAAACUCCAAUGAUUAUCAAAAAUGGAUGUCAAGAUUCGGUGGGGCAGAGCAUAUUCUGGCAGGGCAUCAAAUGAAGAAUAUUGAGAUACCGAUUCUGCAAUCCAGUGCAAGAGUUGCAGCUCGGCUUAACUACUUAUGUCCUCAGUUCUUCCCAGCUCCGGGUUUUUGGUCUCUUCAACAACUGAGGUGUUCACCCUCACCCGUCAUAAAUGAGGGCACUGGUUUAAAGCUUUGUGAGACCAUUUCUGCCGAAAAUCUUCUCAAGUUCCAUUUGCGUCCGUAUGCACAGCUCGGAUUAGACCGAUCUGGUAUUCCGGCCACGGCAGCAUCCCAUGCAAUUAUCGAAGAGCUUCUUUCCGAGAUUCCAGAAAUAUCGGAUGCCGCCCAACAAGUUGCUCGCCUUUGGCAAAAGAACGUAGAUGCAAGAGAGGCGGCAAGUGAUGAAAACAUGAUCGAAGAACCUUGGUUAAAUCAAAAUUAUCUUCCUAGCUGUUUGGAGGGCAUCACAAGAGAAAAUGUCGAGAUUGUCCUUCUAGGAACGGGUUCAUCUCAACCUUCCAAAUAUCGAAAUGUUAGUUCCGUCUUCAUCAAUCUUUUCUCCAAAGGUAGUUUACUAUUAGAUUGUGGAGAAGGAACAUUGGGACAGCUGAAAAGAAGAUUCGGCAUUCAAGGCGCAGAUGAUGCCGUUAAAGGUUUAAGAUUUAUUUGGAUUUCACAUAUCCAUGCCGAUCACCAUACGGGUUUAGCAAGAAUACUGGCUCUUAGACGCGAUUUGCUUAAGGGGGUCCCACACGAACCAUUGGUUGUUAUUGGCCCUAGACAGCUGAAAAGAUUCCUAGAUGCGUACGAAAGACUUGAAGAGUUAGAUAUGCAGUUUCUUGAUUGUAGACAUACAACAAAAGCUUCGUUAGCGGCUUUUGAGUCGAACUAUAAUCAGUCGGAUAAUUCCGAACCCUUGAAUGGCAACAAAAUUGAUUCCAUAAAUCCGAAAGUUUCUGAUUCUAGUUUGUUUUCUAAAGGAAGUCAGAUGCAGAGCCAUUGGAAAAGGCCGGGUAGUCCGGUGGACGGUAAUCUAGCGUACCCGAUUAUCAAAAACUUGACAGAUGUGCUUAACGAAGCAGGUUUAGAAUCGGUGAUUAGUUUUCCGGUUGUGCAUUGCCCACAAGCUUUUGGUGUUGUUUUGAAAGGUGUUGAUAGAUUACAUGGUGACGGUAGAAGAAUUGUACCCGGGUGGAAGAUUGUUUAUUCUGGUGACACUCGGCCUUGUCCGGAAUUAGUCGAAGCGUCUCGAGGAGCAACGGUUCUCAUACACGAGGCAACUUUUGAGGAUGCUUUGGUGGAGGAGGCAAUAGCAAGAAAUCACAGCACGACGAAAGAAGCCAUUGAAGUAGGGGAUGCCGCAGGAGCUUAUCGCAUAAUCCUUACGCAUUUCAGUCAACGAUACCCUAAAAUUCCAGUAUUUGAUGAAGGUCACAUGCAUAAAACAUGCAUUGCUUUCGAUAUGAUGAGCAUCAACUUUGCCGACUUACACGUGCUUCCAAGGGUACUUCCGUACCUAAAAUUGCUGUUUAAGAAUGAAAUGGUUGUCGAUGAAUACGAGGAUCUUGAGGAUGUUGUUACUUUAGCUGCUUGAACAUCCUUCAUUCAUCUUUAUAAUGUAGUUUCACCAAUUCUUUGAAAUGAAUUUAUGUACAGUUGAAGAAUCAAUUCUGACUUGCAAGUUGGUUUACUUAAUAACACAGCUGUUGGAGA